ACGUGGAUGGAGCCGGCUGUCGCACCAUCCCCUUGCUUAGAACUUACACAUGUGCUAACUUACAUGGUUCUCAAGAUGAGUGAGUCUCUCGAUGAUUGCACGAUGGUUCAAAAUAGACAUUUCUUCACGUGAAGCUCUUACCACAGACUCAUGGUUUUACAACAACCGACUUGUGUUGGAGGCAUGGAGUGUUGACUCAGCGGGAAGCCUUGGGCAUCCCCCGCUCUCACCACGCCCCGACCCCUGUCAACAGGUGUCACAAGACAACCACCCCACUUGACUUGAACAAAGAGCCUUCAGGACAUUCUUCAACCAUGCAACCUGGGAC